AUGCUGGUAAAACCGGACCAACUGGAUCAAGAAGCUAGAGAUAACACCAAGAGAAUAUUGGUACUGAUCCAUCAGACCCAGAGAACUGGGGAGGAUCUUCUGCUGCUAUCCACGGAUGUGCAGAAGGUCUUCGACAGAGUGAGCUGGGACUUCCUCUUUUGCACACUUCAGUCACUGGGUAUGGGUCCUAAGAUGUAUGCAUAGAUCAGGGCAUUGUAUGAUAUCCCCACGGUGAGGGUCUGCAUCAACGGGGCUUUCACUGACCCGUUUGAGAUCCACAAUGGUAUGCCCGCUGCUCUUUGUCCUUGCCCUCAAGCCAUUUUUCCGGCCAUGAGAUGUAAUCCCGACAUCAAGGGUCUCAAAGUGGGACACACAUCACAUAAACUGGGCGCGUACGCGGAUGACCUGAUAUUCUUUGUUUCCUUGCCAGAGACAACACUCCCCAAUAUAAUGCAGGAGUUCGAUCGCUAUGGCAAGAUUUCUCAUUUCAAGAUUAAUUGCUCCAAAUUGAACAUCCUGAACAUAUCGGUGUCGCCCAUGCUUUCGAUUUCACUGGGCAGAUGA